UUUGAUUUUAAUUAAUUAUGGACGUCAUUGAGGUAAUAUGUGAUAUUUGUGGCGAGGGAAAUUGUAAUCAUAUGACAUUGGCCACCAUCAAAACAUUCGAAACUGAAACUGAUACACAAAAUGAUGACCAGACACAAUCAGACCAUGCCAAUGCCAAUAAUAUUUCUACGUUUGAGGAGCUUUUAAUUGCUAACGUAGAGGUAAAACCUAUCCUCUGGAACUCUAAACUGAAGCUUUCACAAAGGGGUAAACCAGAAAAAGAUAAGGCAUGGCUAGAGAUUGCAGAGUUUUUUGACAAAAAAUAUUCCAUUCCUUAUUUGCAAAAGAAAUGGAAAAAUUUAAGAGACCAAUUUGUAAAAGUAAAAGGAGAAGAAGAGGUAUAUGUGCCCAGUGGUUCUGGCGUGGAGUCAAAAAAAAAAAGAACAUGGAAACAUUAUGAGUCCAUGAAAUUUUUAAAAGAUUGUCUGGCGCCACGAGCUACGAUAACCAACAUAACUCCAGUACAAGAUACAUUAACAGUUUCUACCUCCACAACUCCUGAACCUCAAACUCCAAAAGGAACCAAAAGACAAAGAGAAAGAGAGGAUUCAGCCUCCAUAAUCGUUGAAGCAAUUAAAAAUUUACCUCCACCACCAAUUGCAAUUUCUCCAACAAACAUAAAUCCAAUAUGCCAGCGUUUGUCUGAAAUGUUAGGGACAUUGAAUCAAGAAGAUUGUUUAGAUCUUGAAAUUCAAUUAUUACAAUUAGCAAAAAAAUUUAUAUUUGAAAAAAAAACACAAAUAAAUGAUUUUUGAAUGAGU